AUGUCAAACACAACAACGCAAAAUACAUCUACAGUGCCCAAUAAAAAUAAUCAUUCAACAGCAGUGAUUUCAUCGACCGUUUCAAAACAACCGCAAAUGCCAAAUUCAAUUGUUAAUGUAAAUAAAACUACAAGUAAUCAAAAUGAUGAUCUUGAUGAUGAUGGUGGUGUACAUCCAAAGAAAAUUGCAAAGAAAAAACAAGAAGAAAUAGAUAAGAAAAAGGCAAAAGAAGAAUUAAAAAAGAAGAAACAAUCAAUUUUUGUACAAGAUAUGGAUGAUGAAGAUGAAGAUGGUGGAAUAAUAAAUCAAAAACCUAAAGUCGAACCAACAAAAGUCAAGAAAAAAUCGAAAUUGACUUUAUGUUUUCAUCAUGAAGAUGACGAUGAAAAUAAUGGUGUAUCGAAAAAUGAAAAGAAAAAACAAGCAUUAAACGAUAAGAAAACCCGUGAAGACGAAGAUGAAGACGAAGACGGUGGUAUAUCGAAAGAAAAAAUAUUAGCACUUGAAAAGAAAAAACAAGCAUCCGAAGAAAAGAAAAAGAAAGUCAAGCCAACGACAGUUAAAAAGCAUGAAGAUGAUGAUGAAGAUGAAGACGGUGGUGUAUCGAAAGAAAAAAUACUAGCACUUGAAAAGAAAAAACAAGAAUUGGAAGAAAAGAAAAAGAAUGGUGAAUCAAAACAACAAAAAUCGAAAAAAGAUAUUCCAAAAGAAAAAGAUAAUUCCGAUGAAGAUGAAGAUGGAGGUCGUAUUGUUAAAACUUAUGAUUCAAUUAAAAAGAUUAUUCCAACUACACAACCUGUGUUAAACAAUCCAUCAACAAAGAAAAACUCAUCAUCAGAUAAUAUCAAUGAUGGAGGUCAUAUUGUUAAAACUUAUGAUACAAUUAAAAAGAUUAUUCCAUCUGCACAACCUGUAUUACACGAUUCAUCAACAAAGAAAAACUCAUCAUCGGAUAAUAUCGAUGAUGAUGCUGUGAAAGUACCAAAAAAUAAAAAAAAUACAACUUCAACAUCAUAUAAUGUCAUUCGUGAACUAGUACCAAAGAAAAUAGAUACUAUUGAAAACAAAAAAUCUAAAAUUAUAGAGAAAGAUCAUGUUGAUAUAGUUCCAACAGUAGCAACUGAUAUUUCAGCACCGAAUUCUCCAACAGAAAAAACAAAUAAUGUAGUUUUCUUACGAAGAUUAUCAUAUCGUGAGGCUCAACAUCGUUCACCACCAGCUGUUUCACAUCGAUUAAAUAUUUCCUCUUCAUUAAACAAUACAACAACUACAAAGGACUCUGAUAAUCAUUAUUCUGAUAUAACAAUUGAUAAAAUUCAACAAGCUUUUACCAAUCAUCUUUAUUCAGUAGUUAAUUCAAGUCAACCAUCACCAAAUAAACAAACAGUUUCGAAAGAAAAUCAUUCUGAUACUAUAAAAAUUGAAAUUGACGAGAAAAUAAAACGAAGAAAAAUUGCUCGUACACGAUGGUAUCUUGCGUAUACACUUCUUCGAAAUCCUCAUCUAUUUGAUCUAAGAAAAAAUAUCGAAACUCGACUUAUAUUCGUACAUUCACAUGCAAGUAUUGCAGUUGAUGAACAACUAUUAACAUCUAUAAUUACUGAUCAAGAAUCACAAUCAACUGAAGAAUCUCGAUUAACAACUAAUGCAACAACAACAACACUUCAGACAGAACCUCCAACAAUUUUUCAUUUACCAUCUAUUUCUAAUAUCGAUGGACAAUUGCAAAGUCCAGCGGAACGAUAUAUUUCAAUUCAAGCACAAACAAUGUAUAAUACUAAUAAUCAGCAAUCAGAUGUGUUACAAGAAAACAAUAUAUCAAAUACGAAUCAAUCUAUAGAUGAUUGUCUAUCUACAAUAAUUUCAGAUUCAUCUACACUUCGUACACAAACAAAUCAUGAACAUCAUAUGCGAGGAUGGUAUGAUAAUGAAGUGAAAAAAAUUCAUAAAAAACAUCCAUUUUGUUAUGUCUAUGGGUCACCAUCCCAAUCAUCAUCAGCAAAUAGAGUUUCUACUGUUACGAUACUUACACCGAAAACUCUUUCUCCAACAACGAUAAACAAUGAUAAAACUCAUUUGGAAUCAAAUACAUCAGAUAGUCAAUCGUCCAAUAUAACAAGUGAAGUACAGAACGUAUCAGUUUCUAGUAGAAAUCAUGAUCCACCAAACGAACAGCAUCAAUGA